AAUCCCUACUUUUUCCUCUCCACUUUUCCUCACUCUCCAGUAAACCACCAAAUUUCUCUCUCUCUCUCUCUCUCUCUCUCUCUCUCAAUUGUCUUCCAAUUUCUCCCUCUUCUCCAAUCUCCUUUCUCUUUUUUGUUAAAAUGGUGAUGAAGGCGUUUACGCUGUUAAUGGUGGUUAUUGCUGCGGCGUUAAUGGUGGAAUCGAAGACUGCACCACCACCGGCAGACUGUACGACGGUGGUGUUGAGCAUGUCAGACUGUUUGUCAUACGUUACAAAUGGUAGUACAACUGAGAAACCUGAGGGAAAUUGUUGCUCUGGGUUAAAGUCUGUUCUUAAGACUAAUGCUGGAUGUCUUUGUGAAGCAUUUAAGAGUAGCAGUCAAUUUGGUAUCGUUUUGAACAAUACUAAAGCUCUUGCUCUCCCUGCUGCUUGCGGUGUUCAUGCUUCUCCUGCUGCCAAAUGUGGAUUGUCCAUUCCUCCAGCGGCUGCUCCUUCUCCAGUUUCUCCAGCGGGUGCAGUAAUAGCAGGCGCUCCUGGAACUGGAAGCAGCGAAUUCUCACCUGCAUUGGCUCCUUCUGGGAAAACCGGGUCAUCUUCUACCAUUGCCAUCUCAAUGCAGUUAAUUAUUGUGGCUUUAGGUGCUGCAUUUUACUAUAAUUUUUGAGCUUGAAUUCUAAUGUGGAUAUAUGAAACCUUUGGAUGGUGUUUUAAUUUUGUUUGGUUUAUGUUUAGAUUUGAUUUUCAUUUGUGUUUUGUAAUAGGUUAUAAAUAUAAUUUGCUCAUAUAUGGUUUACUGUUUUUUUGAUAUUUAAUGGUAUAUUGGUAUUAUUAUCAUUAUUCAUUACUCAUGAUUUUGCUCAUUUUGCUUUCGCCGACCUAUGCUUAUUGUCGGUUUUUUUUUUCACAUCUGACAAGUACUGCCGGUUGUUGUUAUUUGUGUCUAAUUUCUAGGA